AUGACGAGUCUCAAGAGAUCGUUCGAGACUGACCCGUUGUCCUCAAACAUCUCAAGUAAGGUGUAUGUGAGGUCCACCAAACGCGGAAAGGUCCAAAAGAUUGUGCGCGAGGUCUACCUUCGACAAGACAUCCCUUGUUCUUCCCAAAUAUGUUCAAUAUGCCGCUCGACAGCGCCCUCAAACGCGGCUGGCGUGGUGAGCCCAUUUGUGCUUUCAGACAAGCCGGCAGGCACCAAGGCCUUCCCUCAGGGCCAUUACUUGGUGCCAGAUACGAAUGCUCUGCUCAACGCCAUGGAUCUCUUCGAGCAGACUUCUGCAUUCUAUGACGUAAUCAUCUUGCAGACGGUUCUAGAGGAGCUGCGCAACCGGUCUCUGCCGCUAUACAAUCGCCUCAUUGGCCUGACCAAGAGUGAGGACAAGCGCUUCUACGUGUUUUUCAAUGAGUUCAGACUUGAGACCUACGUUGCCCGCGAGCAGGAUGAGAGCAUUAAUGAUCGAAAUGACCGGGCUGUGCGCCGAGCCGUGCAGUGGUACAACGAGCACUUGGCUCAAACGAAGAGCAAGCAGCGCCCUACGGUGGUGAUGCUCACGGAUGACAGAAGCAAUCUUGAAAAGGCAAAGGCGGAGAAAGUUCCUGCGUCUACACUGCGAAAUUAUGUCUCGGGACUUGAGGAGGCCGAUCGUCUUUUGGACAUGAUUGCUGAAAGUCAGGAGCGAGGAGUGUCCAGGGAUAAGAAAGCUGUGGAUUUCCUCUACCCAGAGUACUACAGCAUGUCCAAGAUGAUGACGGGUAUCAAAAAUGGCAUGCUUCACCAGGGUAUCUUCAAUGUCUCCCCGUACAACUAUCUCGAGGGGUCUAUUAAGGUUCCCGCGUUCCCCAAGGCCCUUCUCGUGUUGGGACGAGACAACAUCAAUAGGGCUGUUGAUGGAGACGUGGUGGUUGUCGAAGUUCUCCCGAAGGACCGGUGGAAGGAGCCGUCUACCAAGAUUAUCGAGGAAGAGGCUGUCACCAAGAAUGAGAAUGCCGAUGGUGACGAAGGCGAGGAUCUGGUCACGGAGAAGGAGAAGCGUGCCCUGCAAGAGGAAGUCAAGAAGACGCAUAGCACGAGUACCGAAGGACACCCCCAGCCGACUGCGAAGGUGGUCGGUAUUAUCAAGCGCAACUGGCGUCAGUACGUUGGUCAUGUCGACCAGAGUUCGGUCAGCCAACCUGCAAAGCAGGGGCGGAAGCAGGAGACCGUCUUCCUCAUUCCCAUGGACAAGAAGGUUCCGAAAAUCCGGAUACGUACGCGCCAAGUUGGGGAGCUGCUGGGAAAGCGUAUUCUCGUCACAAUCGAUUCUUGGGAUCGAGAAUCGCGAUACCCCAUCGGCCACUUUGUCAGAUCACUAGGUGAGUUGGAAAGCAAGGCCGCUGAGACGGAGGCCUUGUUGCUCGAGUACGAUGUCCAAUAUCGACCUUUCCCGAAGACUGUGCUCGACUGCUUGCCUAGGGAGGGUCACGACUGGAAAGUUCCUCCCAGUACGGCGGACCCUGGUUGGAAAGACCGCGAAGAUCUCCGUGGGCUGCUCAUUUGCAGUAUUGAUCCCGUUGGUUGUCAAGAUAUCGAUGACGCGCUACAUGCCCGGGCCCUGCCAAAUGGCAACUUCGAAGUCGGUGUCCACAUUGCCGACGUGUCACAUUUUGUUAAGCCGAGCAAUGCCAUGGACACAGAGGCCAGCAUACGCGGCACGACUGUUUAUCUGGUAGACAAGCGUAUUGACAUGCUGCCGAUGUUAUUGGGAACCGACCUUUGCUCACUCAAGCCAUACGUAGAACGGUACGCGUUCUCGGUUAUUUGGGAAGUAAACGAGGCCGCAGAUAUUGUCAACGUGCGGUUCACCAAGUCAGUUAUCAAGUCACGGGAAGCCUUCAGCUACGAACAAGCACAAUUGCGUAUCGACGACGCAUCUCAGCAGGAUGACCUCACCAAAGGAAUGAGAACGCUGCUGAUGCUCUCCAAGAAACUGAAGCAGAAGCGUAUGGACGCCGGUGCUCUCAGUCUCUCCUCACCCGAAGUCAAGGUCCAGAUGGAGUCUGAGACAUCGGACCCCAUUGAUGUCAAGACGAAAGAACUCCUCGACACCAACUCCCUGGUUGAAGAGUUCAUGUUGCUUGCCAACAUCAGCGUAGCAGGCAAGAUCUACGAAGCGUUCCCCCAGACAGCCAUUCUCCGCCGUCACGGCGCACCUCCCAAGACGAACUUUGACGAGCUAUCAAACCAGCUCAAAGUCAAGAGAGGACUCGAACUGCGCGUCGACUCGUCACGCGCUCUGGCCGAUUCGUUGGACGAGUGCGUUGACCCGCAUGAUCCCUUUUUCAACACUCUCAUCCGUGUCAUGGCAACGCGUUGCAUGAUGAGUGCCGAGUACUUCUGCGCCGGCACUCAAGCCUACCCAGAAUUCCGCCAUUACGGUCUAGCAUCCGAGAUCUACACUCAUUUUACGUCCCCGAUCCGUCGAUACGCCGACCUGGUUGCCCACCGCCAGCUCGCAGCGGCCAUCGACUACGAGCCCAUGCACCCCGCUGUGCGCUCGCGCGGUCGCCUCGAGGCCGUCUGUAAGAACAUUAACGUGCGGCACCGAAACGCGCAGCUGGCGGGACGAGCCAGUAUAGCCUACUACGUUGGACAGGCGCUCAAGGGCCGUGUAGCUGAGGAGGAAGGCUUUGUCAUGAAGAUCUUCAGUAACGGCUUCGUGGUCCUGGUGCCGCGCUUCGGCAUCGAGAGUCUGAUCCGUUUGCGGGAUCUGGCUGAGCCGGAGCCGGAGAGUACGUUCGAUGCUGAGAACUAUACGCUCAAGACGAGUGGCAGCCGAGAGGUUACGGUGGAAUUGUUCCAGAAGGUGGUGGUGAGGAUUAGUGAUGCGAAGGAUGAGGCUACGGGGAAGAGGGGGGCGAAGAUGGAGUUGGUUAGGACGGUGUAG